AUGUCUUUACUAUUUGUUUUCGCUAUAUGGUCCAUAUUAUUAUGUGCGUAUUAUGAUACUCUUCAAUUACGAAAAAACGUAAACAACAGCAUACUAUACAUAAAUGAUAACAAUAAUUUUAUCACAGCAUCAUUACCUACGAGUAAUAAGCAUAUAACAAAGCAUUUAUAUUUUAGUAAUAAGGUAUUCGAAAGAGGUAAGAAGCUCCAUAAUAGCAGCAGCAGUAGCAGCAUAGGCAGUGAAAGGGGCAAGAGAAAGGUCCAUUUAGACGUGAAAAAAAAUGAUGGACAUAAAAAUGAAAUAAUUAUUGAAAAAUUUAAAAGCAGCAGCGGGAAUGACGUCCUAUGUACGAAGCUUUUUAUUAAUGAUGAGGAAAAUAAAUUUAUUUUAGAUCUGUGUAGUGAUAACAGUUAUAUAUUUGACAAGGGGGAAAAGGUAUCGGGAAGGAGGGAUAUAAGAAAUGAAAAUUAUGGAAUCCACUGGCGUGAUAGGUAUAAUAAGGAGCAUCAUGGGAAUGAUCAUAUGCAUUUUUCAUAUGAUAAUGAUGAUAUUCAAAGUGUAAAGGAAGAAAUACAUUUAAAUGAUAAUAAAGUAUUGGUAGAUAAAGUAAUAAAUAUGAAGAGUAACAUGACAAAUGGAACUGUUUCGUUCUACAUAAUAAGAAACAAUGAGUUGGGCAAAAAUUUUGAUGGUCUAAUAGGCUUUGACUUCUUCAAAAGGUAUAGCGGUUUUAUGUUAGACAUGGUCAGUAUGAAUAUAGUAUUAAAAGAGGAAGAUGGGCAUGCUGUUACAGGUAGUACUAUCAGUGCUACUGUCGAUGCUAGUGAUAGAAGUAGUAAUAACGCGGUAGAUGCCUUUUUUAAAAAUAAUGAACAAGUGCAUGAAAUUAAGUUAUAUGACUACUCCAACAAUAUUAAAUAUUUCCAUGUAAACAUAGAGGGGCAAAUGCACAAAGGUAUAAUAGACACCGGCAGUUCAAAUACAAUGAUUGUAAACAGCGAAAACACAGGGAUAGUGAGAAACGAAAAAGAUGAAGAAGAAAAAAAAAAGAAAUACAACAGUGUUAUAAUUGAAAAUAUAUUAAAUAACAAGUGCAAAGCACAAAGGGUGCAAGUAAACAAUAUUAACAUUAUAUCUAAGUUGAAUGAACUUAUUCCAAUUGAACUGAAAAGCAUUUAUAAAAGCGAACUUGAUUACUUGGAUGCAAAUAUAGUACUGUUAGGGUUAGACUUCCUUGAAAAUAAAAAAAUAUUUUUUGAUUUAAAAAAUAAUAUAAUUCUUUAUUAUUACAAUAUGUCAAGCGCUUCUUCUGUAGAUAUGUCCAAGGACAAUCAAAACAGUAUAUCAGAAAGGGAGGAUAGUUAUACAUACAACAUGAACAGUCAGCAUGAUGCUAAGGAUGGGAGUCAAUGGAAUAGUAAGCAAAGUGAUAAACACAUUGACGAUUUACUAGUUGAGCGCAAAUGCCAAGAAAUUUUUGAAAAAUUAAAAAGGAAAGAAUUAAGUUUUUUAAAAAUAACGAAUGAAUUAGAGAAGGAAAAUAUAUACAUAAAAGAUUGCAAAACUACGAAUGAUGUAAUAAAGAGAUAUGCAAUAAAAAUUCUGUACGGUUCAGAAUUUUUAAAAAAAAAUGAAAGCACUAGUGGAAAUAAAGAAUUCGACAUAAGGUAUAACGAAAUGAUAAAUUUUUUUAAAAAAUUGAGUAAUGAUGAAAAACAAAACAUGUUACAUAAAAUAGUAGCUAUGAUGAAAAAUGAUAUAAGAGAUUAUGAAAAAGCAUCUGAAAUAUUGGAAAAAUUUGUCACAUACGAGAUAAAGAAUAAUUUAUAUUCGUUACAUCGGUUCAAGUCGAAUAAUGUAAAUAAAAAGAAUGAACAAUCUUUAAAUGAUGAAUACAACCAUCUGUACAAUUUGUACACGUCUCAUCCUGAAUACAGUUUUGAAAUGUUGAACGAUUUUAAAAAAGAAUUAUUAUCAAGAAGGAUAAAAUAUGAUGAUUGCCAGGAUGAAAAGGAAAUCAUAAAGAGAGUUUCAAAGUGUCGUGUUUAUGAAGGCACAGCAGCUGCAAAUAUCAGUAGUAACAUCAAUAACAGUGGUAAUGGUAAUAAAAAUAAAAAGAGAAAAAACAUUAUAGUAAGGAGAUAUACUAAUGACGAUAACAAUGUACAUACACAAAUUAUUAUCAGACGGAAUGGAAUAGACUCAAAUGAUGAUUCUUCAGAUGAAAAUGAUGGAAACAAUGAUUAUCAGUACGGAAAUAUGGAUAAAAUGGAUGACCUUUUCCCUAAUUCUAUUUUCUCAGGUAUCUUUAAAAAUUUUUUUGGUGAUAAUAGAAAUGAAAAUAAUCAAGAUGAAACUGAUGAAGAGGGUCAGAAUGAUUUAUUCUCAGAACUAAAUAAUUUUUUUGGACUAGGUAAUAUGGGGGAAAAUAUGUUCAGGAAAAAAAAAAAAAAAAGUGUUAUUGGGUUUAAAACUAAAGAACCUGACAACACUAAUAUUGACAAUAAAGAUGGUAACACUACUGAUAAUUUAUCAGAGGCAAUAAAAGAAGAAAAAGAUGUUGAUAUAAUUUACCUUUUAAAUAAGGUUCAAAAGUUAAAUGAUAUAAAUUUAAAAAAUUUUAUCGUACAGUCUUUGAAAAAUCAGAAUGUACGAAAAAUUUUAGUCGAUGCGCUUAAAAAAGGGUAUCACAAUACUUAUGAACAGUGCAGGAAGGAAAAUGACAACAAAAGCAUGUAUUUGCUCCAAAUGUUGAAGCAGUCUGGAAUUUUUUGA